GCCUAGUGUUUACCUCCGCUUUGACAGCGCAGAUGCUGCAUACUGGCUCUUCUAGUUACCGACUAGACAUCUGCUUAUAUCGCGCACUAUUGCGUGCACCGGAUCAUCACAAAACCCAGCAGAGUUCAGCAGACAAGCUUCGGGAUCUUCGUCAGCUUUGGACUGUGUUUAUGUUCGCGACGGUGGGGUUGAACACUUCCUCGCGCUCCAUCGAAGGUGCACGCGCAAGCGAAGUUAUACACGGGGCAUCACUGACACUCAUCGCGGGACAGACGCGGCCUUCCUUAUCACAAGGAGAUCGAGUGUCCCGAGCCCAAGUCUUCUUAACACAUGAUGUUCAAGGACUUCAGAUCUGGCCGAGCUGUAGGACUGAAUCCAUUGCCCUUUGACCCCGCCACGAACAACGAACCCCUGCAAUUCAAUGGCUCUAAUGGGCAUUUGGUUCCUGACUGUCCUCUGGAGAAUGGAACAGAAAACAUCAAAAAGAGGAAGAGACCCAACCUUCCUCCAGAGGGUAUACGAAAUAUUGCCAUGGACUCCAGCUCUUUAGCCAUGCCCAUGUCGGACCCUUCUGCUUGGGCGACUGCCAUGAACAAUCUUGGUAUGGCACCAAUGGGUAUAACUGGUCAGCCUAUCAUGUCAGAUUUUGACCCCAGCCUUGGCAUGAUGACGGGCAUCGCUCCAAUGAACCCCAUGAUGCCCGGCCUUGGGAUCGUGCCUCCAUCAGUCUCACAAGACAUGCCUAUCAUGAAAGAAAUCAUUCACUGCAAGAGCUGCACGCUCUUUCCACCCAACCCCAAUCUCCCUCCCCCUGCCACCAGAGAGAGACCUCCAGGUUGUAAGACGGUGUUUGUUGGUGGACUGCCGGAGAACGCCACGGAGCAGCUCAUCGUCGAGGUGUUCGAGCAGUGCGGGGGUAUCAUCGCAAUCCGGAAAAGCAAGAAAAACUUCUGUCACAUCCGUUUUGCUGAGGAGCACACGGUUGACAAAGCCCUCUUCCUGUCAGGUUACAGAAUCAGACUGGGAUCAAGCACAGACAAGAAGGACACAGGCCGGUUGCACGUAGAUUUUGCUCAGGCCAGAGAUGACCUCUACGAGUGGGAGUGCAGGCAGCGCAUGCUGGCCAGAGAAGAGAGACAUCGUCGUAGGAUAGAGGAAGACCGAUUGCGGCCUCCGUCGCCACCCCCCAUCGUUCAUUAUUCCGAACAUGAAUGCAGCCAGCUAGGAGAGAAACUGAAAGACGACUCCAAAUUUCCCGAAGCGGUGCGCGUCCUGUUGACCUGGGUGGAGCGCGGGGAGGUGAACCGAAGAAACGCCAACAACUUCUAUUCCAUGAUCCAGUCCUCCAACAGCCACAUUCGCAGGCUGAUGAACGAGAAGGCCGCCCAUGAGAAGGAGAUGGAAGAGGCCAAAGAGAAGUUCAAGAACGCCCUUGGCGGGAUUUUAGUGCAAUUUGAGCAGAUUGUGUCUGUAUUCCACGCUUCUUCCAAACAAAAGGCAUGGGACCAUUUCUCCAAAGCCCAGCGCAAGAACCUGGACAUGUGGCGAAAGCAAGCAGAGGAAAUCAGGAACAUCCACAAUGAAGAGCUGAUGGGAAUUCGGAGAGAGGAGGAAAUGGAGAUGUCAGAUGAUGAUAUGGAAGACGCUCCAGAAAGCAAAGACUCGGAUGACUCAGGGCCGCUGGCUCAGGUGGAGGCUUUGAAAGAAGAGAACGACAGUCUGCGGUGUCAGCUGGAUGCCUACAGGAACGAGGUGGAGUUGUUGAAACAGGAGCAGGGUAAAGCGCAGCCCCAGCGCAGCGAGGAGGACGCCACCCGCCAGCAGCAGCUCACAUUCCUGCAGCAAGCACUUCAGGGCAUGCAGAAGCAACUACUCAAACUCCGUGAGGAUCUAAAACAGAGAGAAAUGGAGCUGGAGAAAAACUCAGAAGAUAAACAGCAGCUUGAAAGCCAGAUCCAGAAUCUGAAAGACCGAAUCCAAGCCUUCCCCACAUCACACGCCCUGCCCCUGGAGACGGCCGAGCGAGAGGACAGAGGAAGUGAUGAAAGUGCAAAUCACACAAGCGACGGAGCGGCGUCGGCCGUAGUGUCGUGCAGCCAGGAAAAGGAAAGUCUGCCGGAAAAGAGUCCUCCCAGCCCUGUGAAGUCUGAGAGGGAAGCACUGCUCGUGGGGAUCAUCUCAACGUUUCUUCAUGUUCAUCCUUUUGGAGCCAGCAUUGAAUAUAUCUGCUCCUAUUUACAGCGAUUGGACACUAAGAUCAGUACCACCGAGGUGGAGACGCUGCUGGGUCGGCUGCCCUGUACAUUCAGGCAGGAGUUGACAGGUGUCGGGGCCAGUUUAGAGAAACGCUGGAAGUUCUGCGGUUUUGAAGGCAUUAAGACAGCGUAGAGACCCGGGUUGAGGCGCUCGGCAUGACUCAAAACGGCCAUCGGGACGAGAGAGAUUCAACCAACCUGCAGGAUCUCCGUGUCCGUGAGCCCAGCCACAAUAGAUUUUGUGGAGAUUUCAAAAAAACGCUCCAACAUUGGAGUAAACCCUCCAGACGUGGAGAUCCUCAAGACUUGGGUGUGUGUGUUGUGUGUUUAGUAUGUGUACACACGAGCACGUGUUGGAGUGUGUGCGUUGGUGCCACGUGAAUGGACUCGAGCAGUUCUAGCGCACAACAUGACUCUGACAGGCAUGAGCGGCAGUCGAAUACUCAUCGGGUUAAAAUCAGGGUCUGUUGAAUCGAGGACUGAACUCUCAACAUAUUUUCUUUAUCCGUUUCACUUCUGAUUUGUAAAAAAAGCUUAUAAAUAACAUGAAUAUAUUUCUUCUUUUCUUUUCUGUAUAGGCUGCAAACAGGUGCAUAGAAUUUUUUGUCCAUAUACCCUGUAAAUGUUUGAAUAACUUGCUAUUUUUAAAUAAAAAAACUGAAUGAAAACGUAUAAUUUUUUCAUUUU